AUACAGUCUUCAGCCGCUGUGUGUUUGCUUUAUUCCUAGUUUAUUGUUUGCUGAUUUUUUAAAAUUUCCCCAUUGAUUUGAAUUUUUAUCUUAGGUUUUUUUUUGUAUUUUAAUAUCAUUUUGAGGCUGCAGUCGCACAAGAGUUACUUCACUCAGCAACUUCCGUCCUUCAAAUCAAUCAACGCUGAACACCACCUAAAGCACCGAGGAUCAUCAAACAGGCCCCUGUCAAUCUUUGACUCCAGCAUCCACCACUUCUUCUCCUCAGCUGUCUCUUCUCCCCGGCUGUGAAACAAUGGCCACGCCGAGCAUGCUCCUCACUUUCUCCGUGUGGCUCUUGGCUGGGAGCCUCUUAACGGAGGCGACAUACUACCGGCACCACCGCUACGUCCCCCACUUCUACCGUUACCGGGAGCACUCUGCCAACACGGAAAACCUCCUCCCCGAAGUCUCCAACCCACAUCCUGAAGUCCCGGAGCCGGGUGUUCCGACCUACCCUCAGAUCCCCGAAGUGUUCCACCCGGCACCCGAGGUCAUCCACACCCUGCCCGAGGCUAUCCACCCGGUGCCCGAAGUCGUGCAUCCUGCACCUGAGCCGUACCAGCUUCCUGAGGUUUACCAGCCUGAUGUGCCUGAAGCCUCCUCCCCCGUCAACGCGAGCCGGGUUUUCUACGGGAUCAUGUUUGACGCUGGGAGCACAGGCAGCAGGAUCCACAUCUAUAAGUUCAUCCAAAAAGACCCCGUUGAGCUGCCAGUUCUGGACAAUGAAAUGUACCAUGCGGUAAAGCCUGGACUGUCUGCUUAUAAGGACAACCCUGAGGAGGGUGGCAACACCAUUCGUCAGCUUCUGAAGAUUGCAAAGAAGACCGUGCCAGAGGAGGACUGGAAAAGGACCCCGGUGGUCCUGAAGGCCACAGCGGGUCUGCGCCUGCUGCCUGAAGACAAGGCCAGUGCUCUUCUGAAGGAGGUGAGAGAGGUGUUUAAUGAGUCCCCUUUCUUUGUGCCAAACAACAGUGUUUCCAUCAUGAAUGGACAAAAUGAAGGAGUCCUCGCCUGGGUCACAGUGAACUUCCUAACAGGUCACCUGUAUUCCAACACCAAGAGGACAGUUGGCAUCUUGGAUUUGGGUGGCGGAUCCACACAGAUCACAUUCCUUCCCAAGUCAAAGAAAACGAUUCAGUCUGCUCCCGCGACUUACAUUGCCAACUUUAACCUCUUCGACCAUACGUACCAACUCUACACACACAGCUACCUUGGAAAUGGACUGUAUGCGGCCCGACUGGCAACUCUUGGCGCACUAGGAGCCGAUGGUCUAGAUUGGAAAGUCUUCACAAGUUCCUGCCUCCCGAAAAAGUUCAGAGAAGAAGUUACUUUUGGAGGAACCACCUACAAAGUUAGCGGGAUUCCUGACGGCUAUGCAGGGUAUAAGCUGUGCUACUAUGAGGUCAUGAAGGUAAUCAAAGGAAUCGUGCACCAGCCUUACGAAGUGAAGGGCAGCAGCAUCUUCUACGCUUUCUCCUACUACUUCGACAGAGCUGUGGAGUCUGGCCUCAUCGAUGGCAGUCGGGGUGGCGCGAUUGAAGUCAGGGAUUUUAAGAAGAGAGCCAAGGAAGUGUGCAACAAAAUGACCAAGUACCGUGCUAUUAGCCCCUUCCUCUGCAUGGAUAUGACAUAUAUCACCUGUCUGCUAAAGGAGGGCUUUGGCUUCAAGGACAGCACUGUGCUACAGUUAGCCAAGAAGGUGAACAAUGUAGAGACAAGCUGGGCCCUCGGGGCGACCUUUGACUACUUCAGAAACCUCAACAUCCACUAAGGACAGCUUGCUGUCACUGCAGCCAGCACUGAGAGGGACAGUCUGUCACUGUGGGGCUUCCCGUCCUCCGUCCACCCUCGAUCAGCCCGUCCCCCUCGCAGACACACCCGGUCCCACCAUGCUUCCUCAUCCACCACAAGCCUUCCUCCUCUUUUCCUUCAACCUCAGCACCCUGCGAACACUCCAAGAACUGUUGAAAAAAAAAAAAGAAAUCACUAUAUUUUUAUAAGGCCAGCUAUUUCUACUGUAUGUUGAGCUCAUGACUGGUGGGCUGACUUUAUUUUUGUAAAACGUUUACAUGUUUGAUUCCUUAUGGGUGUCUGAUCUGAAAUGUCUUUCUUACCUACCUGUUCUCAGUGUGUAGCGGGUAGUUUAGAAGCAACCAGUCAUGGUAUUUGGUGCUUACUGUGGUCCUGGUGUGCACUGUACACUACAGUGGAGUUUAUCUACAGCCUAGUUGCUGGAAAUACAACCAUAGUUGUAUUUCUAAAUGCUUGUUAAUCGUCUUUUCAUGCUAGCAGUAAAUUAUUUUACAGAAUUAAUUUGCCCCCAGCCGUCAUUGGAAACAGCAGUUGAAAACCACACAGCUUAUCUCUUCAACUUUGCACAUAACACUUUAAUUGCAGAUAUUGUAGCUAAGACAGUUGCUUCAAGAGUUGUACAUAUUCGAGUAGUGCUCCAUUCACCAUGACUGAGGGGGGCAAAAAGAGCGCUGUGGAGAUACUAACAGACUUGUGUUGUAUAGCUGUAAAUGUAUGAGGUUAUUACCUAUACUUUUAAACUGCAGCCAUUAUUGUUAUGUCUACUGCAGAAAAAGACCUUAUCAAGCAUGACUAAAUUGCAGAGGCCCUAGGUCUGAGCUCAGUUUUAGACCAGCAACAGAGACCUCUCAUCACGGGUAGAUAGAUGCAUCCAACAACAUAAUUUACAGGCAUUAAAUACAGCAAAAAAUGCAAACAGAAAUUAUGUAAAAAGCUGACUAAAAGCUCAUCUCCUUCGUUUAUUGCUGGUUGCUCAAAAACUUUUGUGAUAUUGAAUUCUGUUUUUGAAUUCAUUUCUCUUGUGAACUGUACAAAUAUUUAAAUAACUUUAUCUAAUGUAGAGCAUUUUAACUAUCCUCAUCCAAUAUUAACUCUGUGUAACUGCUCUUUAAACCGUGCCUUGCUGUCUUUUCAGUAUUCAACAUGUUCAAUAACUACUGCUGUAUAUACAUAAUGUAAACUUUUAUUAGUGAAAUCUUUUGACAAGAACUGCUUUUGACGUUGCAAAAACUUUAUGCUGCACAAUUGCUCAGAAAUGCCUGUAUGUUCAUCAGUAAGAAUAGUCUGAUGACUGACUAUAUGUAAAUUGAUGUUUUUAUUAAAUCCAGUGAA